AAUCGCAAACCUGAAAAGACUGUCGGAGCUUUGCAAUCAGAGAAAAUAGUCUAGCGAUCGACUAAUCGAGAAAUUGUUGUAAUUUAAUCGUGUUUUAUUACGCUUGUAUUUUAGUCCAAUUUGGUGUGCUAUCGGUGAUUGCGCAACGGGCAAGGGAAAGUAGAAUUUUCGAAAGUUCAAUUUUGUUAGUGACAUUUUUCUCUAUAUCAAAUCACCAAGUGCUGGGAAAAUUCGACAGCUUCCAAUCAGUUUUACACGAGUAUCUUGCAAGUCUGAUAUUUUAUAGUAAUUCAAAGUCGAUUCGGCCUAACAUCGAAAACGGUGCCCUGUCGUGAAGCGUGGCAGAAAUGUGAUUUACUGGAUUAAAUCAUUAAAACUGUGAAAAACAAAAAGAAUUUCCAUUUUUUUUGCUGUUCUUCUUCAUUUUUUUCACUCCCUCGAGCUGUUCGCUCUGCUCGUAUUGCAGCAUACCUUACAGGCGCAGCCAAGUUGGCAGUGAAAUACGACUAUAACAGCAUUCAAAAGGAUGCUAUUGAUGUGAUGUGAAAAAUGGGUACAUUGAGCCUCAUUAUUGCACAAUCGUAGACUUGUGCCCCAAAUUUCAAUCCCUGGAAGCAUAUUCACGAAUUUUGUCGUCGUUUCUUGGCAUAUAUCAGAGCGUUUGGUCAUUACAAGUUAUAUAAGAAUAUUAAAGUUUCAACAUUCGUUUCGUCAAGUUGUGGAAGGCAGUAAUAUUUAAUAAACUCGGCGAAAGACUGGCGCUGAAAUAUGGCAAAGAAAAUUCCCUUCAAAGUAGUGUUCGCCUCUGAUGAGGAUUCUGACUAUCCGGCAAGUGAAUUGAACAGCCAUAGCCCAACGGUCCACGGAUGGCGCUCGAAUCGGACCAGUUCAGUCGCCCCGAAGGAGAUCGUCCUGCGGUUCUUCAACCCAGCUCGUAUUGUGCGGAUACAAGUGUUGGCCCAUCAGUACUAUAUACCGGAGCGCCUCGAGUUAUGGCUACAUUACUCGAGCAAGGGUGCACCCAGCACACCCUCCAGCCAGAGUUUCGAAUAUAUGGGCUUUGUGGCGCUGUCGGAUAACUCGAGUACAAACUACACCUCGCGUGAGCUGCAAAGCGUGACUGUAACGCCCAAGGUAGGAUCGCACCUCAAACUACAUCUGGGAUCUCCCUAUCCGAACAAAUUCAACAAAGAUAACCAGGUAGCUCUGCUGGCGAUCAAUAUCCUCGGGGAGGAGUUAUCUGCCGAUGAGCUGAUAAUGGCUCAACAUAAUUCAGCUGUAUUGAGUGCCACGCCGUCGAACCUAGAAAUGUUGAAUAGUUCGUUGGCGUCGAUUUGUGAUGAUUUGUCAUAUUCAAUGUAUGUAGAGGAAAGUAUUUGUAAUGUUGUGCGACGGAUGGAGGUUUUGAAAUUGCAAGCUGUUCAAGACGAACGAUUCGAGUAUGCGAGAAAACUGAAACUAUGUAUGGGUGCUUUGCGUACUGCGGGAGAGCGAUUGGGUAGAUACGCUCUGGCGAAGCGACAAGCCGUUCAACAGGAGGAUUUCACCACGGCACGUUUGCGUAAAGAGCAAAUAGAGAUGUACCGGAAAGCGGUGUUCGAUCAGUUGAAGGUCGAUACGCUGCUGAAGAGUGAUAAGAGCGUUGCUAGCAAUGAUUCAUGUUCGGAAUUGUACGCAUCCAAACCGAUGUUGCCUUCACCACCAAGCUUACAAGAUGUCGCGAGUGCUUUAUCUGAAACUCCUUUACCGUCGGUGACAGAGGUUACUAAACAGCAAAUUUUACACGUAACGACUGAUUCUACAACCACCAAUUCUUCAACUCCUGCAUCCAGUAGUGGUGCAAUGAGCAAACCGCAGGAAGCUACGCCCAGCAAAUCUCACCAUAAUCUAUCCAGACCAGAUGACAUACCGAACUCACCACUGGUGAGUCACAAGGGACGCAGUCCGAUGCGGUCGCCAACGAAUACUGGUUCGUUGAGACGACGUAACAAAAGCGCUCCACGCAACAGCUACGAAGACUACGACGAGCGAGCUAUCACUACGCUAAGCUCACAUACUAACGAUUUCCUGCGGGAGUGUCAGGGGACAGCGAUGAUGGAAAACGACUCCGGAAAGGUUCGCUCGAAGCUGAACGAUCGGGAGAGACGACAGGCUGCGUUACCGAUUCUGAUUUUCGGCAUGGAACUUGUGGAGUUGAUCUAUUCUCGGCAGUUCACCGAUCGCGAGGAGGGUCUUGUUAGGCUGAGAAAUAUAAUCAAACACGAAGAGGAAGGUGAACCAUCUGCUGGCCCUAACAAGAUCUGUCGGAGUGCUACACUGCUGCUGCAUCGUGGAGUUCGGGAUGCGGUGUUCUCGGUGUUCAGUCAAGCGACUGAGACAGUGCGGACACUUUUCCUGGAAUUUGUACCGAAUCGUGUUGCUCCGAACGAAGUUUCUCGGUCUGUUGAUCGACUACUGCCGGAGCUGUUGUCAAAAAGCGGCGACCCGUCCGCUAGGGUUCAUACGCUGGCUCAGCAUACAAUUUUGAGUAUUGCAGCUUGCCAGGAAGUGAGAGACCAGCAUCUUAUUGCCCCAGCGCUGUCCAGACCGGUUGGUAGUGGCACACAUCCGAGGCUGGCUCUAAGUCGUAUGCAGAUGUUAGAACAACUGGUGUUGAGUCAGGGUAUCUCCAGUGAUAAGCAAAGUGGGCUAGCAUGCAGAACGCUAUCGGAGUCAGGUUGUUCAGGGAUUCACCACCCGGCAGAAUCGGUGAGAAAAGUGGCUGAAAGAGUUCUGUUGUUGGUGUACAAAGUGAACCCAAGACUAGUUAGAAAGCAGUUACCGCCAGAUGAUGACAUAACACGACGGAAUCUGCUUUAUCGACAGUUGUUCACUGAGUUCGAUAAAAUUGAUCUGCAGCGUAAAAAAGAAAUGCUCGAGAGCAAACAAUUUAGUGGACCGACAACCUUCGCAGGCAUUAGCUCCCCACCAAUGUCGAACAGCUCGAAAAACUCUCCCCCAGUUGAGAUACGCAACCGGGCUUUGCGCUAUGAUAGUAGUGCAGGAAGUGGAUCGGGAGCAGGAGGGCGUGUGAUUGUUAGUUUCCUCGACGGUACGAACCCUAGUUGGCAGUCAAAUUUCAGUUCAUUGAAAUUGCAGGAUACCAACUCUAGUCCGUUACGAAGACCAGAUCCAGCCGGUAUCAUCAAGAGUAAAAGUGGUCACGCAAUUGGUCAACACCACUGGGCUUCGGAGGAUAAAUGUGAGGGCUCGUACUAUCAGAAGCCGGACUGUAAUGGAAAGGAUACGGUGCUAGAUGGAGGAGUAAACCAGAAAUUGAGCCAGCCGAAGACAAUGAUUUAUGACAGCACUGUUGGAUUUUUGGUGUCCGACAAUGGCACAGGUUCGAGGAAAAGUUCCAACUCGGACUCGUUCGAAGGGAUUGAUAAUGAGAUUCGCUGCCCUUUUUGUGAUUGGAUAUACCACGGUGACCCCGCACAGCUAGACAAACACUACUGGAAGACUUGUCCUGUAUUAACGAAGUGUCCUCAAUGUAGUCAAAUAUUGGAGGUGGCAGCACUGUCACCUCAUCUAAUCAAUGAAUGCGAAGCAAAAACAAGUUAUGUAACUUGCGAACGUUGUACGGAAUCCGUACACAAAGAUCUGUACGAGUACCAUAUGCUGGAAGACUUCUGCCGAGAACUGACAACGGGAGCCGCACGAUGUCCACUAUGCCACGAUGAUGUACUAUUGCCUCUGGAUGGUGGCUGGAAGCGUCAUCUGUUGAGCCGAUCUGGCUGUUUGGGAAACUCACGAAGACGCACGAACGUUUAACUCAUACACUCACUCACUCGCAAUCAAUUUUAGUCAACAGAAGUCGCUUCUUAGCUAUUUUACAAUUCGACGGGAAAAAAAGGGAACUUAAAAACACGCUUCUUAAUGUUUCCUUACUAAUUGUUAUGGAAGUAAUCCCAGUGCAUAGGUAGACUUAUUCAAAAUAUGGCACCAAUGACCUGCAAAUUUUCGAAUAAUCGAUUGUGUCAAAUGUCACCCUCAGAAGUGGCAAGAGCUUCGAUUGGAUACACACUUUUUAAAUUAUUGACUAGUGUAAUGGACCCGUGUAAACGAACUGUUGUUCAUGAAGACCCAACUAUUACCAACUGUUAGUGCAAAGAGCAAUUUUAUCGAGUUUAAACAUGGUAAAUUAUAACAACAACAACAACAACAGCAACAACAAUGAAACUACUGAUGACAAUUUGAUGUAGCUAUUUUUGUUAACUAGAUUUUUUUAUGAAAACAAUAUUGAUAUUGGUUUAGGAUAGACUAGUGAUUUUCCCUCCCUAUUUGAAUUUUUAACUGGUAGUAAAAAAAAACAAAUCAAAAAUGUAGAGUCGAGUUAUACAGUCCACAAUGUGAACAAAAACCGCAAAAGUAUUUCCCGUCCUUAUCAAAAUUAAGAAUAAAUAUUCAUCUCUUUCGAAU